AACAAAACGUAUGAUCAAAGUAUCUAUCAUAUAUUCCAUAUGAUUGAUUUGAACCAGUCUAUUUCUGACUUUGAAAUUGGCACGCGUACCCGUGCGAGAAUUUAGACACCAAACGCAUACUUCCCGCUUAGACAUGCUAUAAAUGCAGUCCGAUAGCCGUCAUCUUUGUGUAAUAAGUGUUGAUGAGAAAAUGUUGGCAAGACAGAAUACAAUCGCCAAAUUGGCAAGGCCAUGUUGCAUGAUCAGCAGACUGUUUAGCACCACAAGGCAACAGCUGCAACAAUCAGAGAGCGAAGGCAGACCGGCACUAGGUCAUCAAGAAGAGAAUGAAUUGUUGAACAAUAUUCGACAAGGUAAAGAAGAAAUGAUCAAGAUGGGAUUUCAUGGACCUAGCCUUUGGAUACAAAAUAUAUGUUGGGGAGAUCAUGAUCAAUUUCAGCAUGUUAACAACGUUCAUUACGUUCGCUUUUUGGAGUCUAAUAGAAUGUUGUUCGCUGAUAAAUUGGCGGAAAAGCUGGAACCUGCGAGAAGGAAGGAUAUCGUUACAGGAAAAGGAGAAAGCUUUAUCUUACAAUCGAUCGCAGUGCGGUACAGGAGACCGGUCGUAUAUCCUGAUACGCUAUUGAUCGGCAAAAAGCCUGUCCUACCUUUAGGAACUGAUAGGUUCACACUACAAGCAAGUAUUUAUUCUCUUGCACAAAAAGCAGUCGUGGCAACAGCAGAAGAGGUCUGCGUCAGUUACGAUUACCGCUCAUUAAGCAAAGCACCAAUCGCAGACGAUUUCAGGAAAGUAUUGGAAGAAGCAGGACAAAAGCCAGAAGAGUAAAUAGCAAGAGUCACACAAAAGCACUGAAGAUCAAAAUGAAUGCAUUGUGUAAUUACAACGUCAAAUUGAAAUUUGUUUUUGACUUUUUCUAGCUAUGCUUAGAUGGUUGGGUCUUGAACGGGUUGGUUACCUUUUGAACCAGGUCCGCCGGUGGUGUUGUCAAAUUCAGAUGGAUCUUUGCUUCCGACUUGUUGACGGCCUGCUUCUCCACCGACUUGUUCUUCUCCCUUUUCGGCACGAACGGCGUUAUCAAGACGACGUUGAUCGUCUUGGGAUGGUGGGACUUGUUUGUCGUUGAAUGUAGCU